GUUACCACAGGAUUACCAGAGAGACUAAUUUGUCUGAAGCAUCAUGUGUUGGAACAGCAGAAACCUGUUUUCCUGUGUGGCUAACUAGAACCAGAGUACAAUGUUUCCAAUUCUUUGAGCUCCAGGAAGACAGAGGACAGAGUUGAAGUUCAGAAAAUGCGGGCAUGGACUGGUUCCUGGCGUUGGAUUAUGCUCAUUCUUUUUGCCUGGGGGACCUUGUUGUUUUAUAUAGGGGGUCAUUUGGUUCGAGAUAAUGACCACCCUGAUCACUCUAGCAGAGAACUCUCCAAGAUUCUUGCGAAGCUUGAACGCUUAAAACAACAAAAUGAAGACUUGAGACGAAUGGCCGAGUCUCUCCGAAUACCAGAAGGCCCCAUUGACCAGGGGACCGCUACAGGAAGAGUCCGUGUUUUAGAAGAGCAGCUUGUUAAGGCCAAAGAACAGAUUGAAAAUUACAAGAAACAAGCCAGAAAUGGUCUGGGAAAGGAUCAUGAAAUAUUACGAAGGAGGAUUGAAAAUGGAGCUAAAGAGCUCUGGUUUUUUCUACAAAGUGAACUGAAGAAAUUAAAGCACUUAGAAGGAAAUGAACUCCAAAGACAUGCAGAUGAGAUUCUUUUGGAUAUAGGACAUCAUGAAAGGUCUAUUAUGACAGAUCUAUACUACCUCAGUCAAACAGACGGAGCAGGUGAUUGGCGUGAAAAAGAAGCCAAAGAUCUGACAGAGCUGGUCCAGCGGAGAAUAACAUAUCUCCAGAACCCCAAGGAUUGCAGCAAAGCCAGGAAGCUGGUGUGUAACAUCAACAAAGGCUGUGGCUAUGGCUGUCAACUCCAUCACGUGGUCUACUGCUUCAUGAUUGCUUAUGGCACCCAGCGAACACUCAUCUUGGAAUCUCAGAAUUGGCGCUAUGCUACUGGUGGAUGGGAGACUGUGUUUAGACCCGUCAGUGAGACCUGUACGGACAGAUUUGGCCUCUCCACUGGACACUGGUCAGGUGAACUGAAUGACAAAAAUGUUCAAGUGGUCGAGCUCCCCAUUGUAGACAGUCUCCAUCCUCGUCCUCCUUACUUACCCCUCGCUGUUCCAGAAGACCUUGCAGAUCGACUUGUAAGAGUCCAUGGUGACCCUGCAGUGUGGUGGGUGUCCCAGUUUGUCAAAUAUUUGAUCCGUCCACAGCCUUGGCUAGAAAAGGAAAUAGAAGAAGCCACCAAGAAGCUUGGCUUCAAACAUCCAGUUAUUGGAGUCCAUGUCAGACGCACUGACAAAGUGGGGACAGAAGCAGCCUUUCAUCCCAUCGAGGAGUACAUGGUACACGUCGAAGAACAUUUUCAACUUCUCGCACGCAGAAUGCAGGUGGAUAAAAAAAGAGUAUAUCUGGCCACUGAUGACCCUUCUUUGUUAAAAGAGGCAAAGACAAAGUACUCUAAUUAUGAAUUUAUUAGUGAUAACUCUAUUUCUUGGUCAGCUGGACUACACAAUCGAUACACAGAAAACUCACUUCGGGGUGUGAUCCUGGAUAUACACUUCCUCUCCCAGGCUGACUUCCUAGUGUGUACUUUUUCAUCCCAGGUCUGUCGCGUUGCUUAUGAAAUCAUGCAGACCCUGCAUCCUGAUGCCUCUGCGAACUUCCAUUCUCUAGAUGACAUCUACUAUUUUGGAGGCCAAAAUGCCCACAACCAGAUUGCCAUAUAUCCUCACCAACCUCGGACUGAGGAGGAAAUCCCAAUGGAACCUGGAGAUGUCAUUGGUGUGGCUGGAAACCACUGGGAUGGUUAUUCUAAAGGUAUCAACAGAAAAAUAGGAAAAACAGGCCUGUACCCGUCCUACAAAGUCCGAGAGAAGAUAGAAACCGUCAAGUACCCCACAUACCCUGAAGCUGACAACUAGAGGUGGCGUGUAAGAGAUUAACUACUGAACUCAGCUCAGACCAUCUCGGCCAAGCGCAAGACCCAGACUCACACAUGGGUCAGUGACAGACACGCUCCGCACCAAGAGCAAGUGGGAACCCUCAGAUGCUGCACUGGUGGAACGCCUCUUUAUGAAGGGCUGCUGUGCCCUCAAGCCCAUGCACAGUACAGUACUGUACUCACACAUAACAUGCAAACGGAUUGUUUUCUACUUUGCUCCUUAAAAUAUUAUGUCCCCGUGAAACAAACACUGCCACGUUGUGUAAUUUAAGUGACACAGACAUUUUGUGUGAGACUUCAAACAUGGUGCCUAUAUCUGAGAGACCUCUGUGACUUACUGAGAAGAUAUGGACAGCUCUCCUCUGUGGGGAAGCUGGUUCUUAGCCAGGGGUGGUGAUGUGACCACUGAACUCACUCCAGUCAACAGGUUCAGAAUGAGAAUGGAUGUUUUCCUUUAUAUGGUUGUCUGGAUUUUUUUUAAAGUAAUUUCCUCAGUUCAGUUUAUUCACCUCAUCAUUAAUAAAUGAAGGAUGCAUCAAUAAAGUAAAAUGAAGCAUUCACUCUCCAUUAGGAAGUUUUGUAAAACAAUGCCAUGAACAAAUUCUUUAGUACUCAAUGUUUCUGGACAUUCUCUUUGAUAACAAAAAAAAUAAAUUUUAAAAAGGAAUUUUGUAAAGUUUCUGGGAUUGUGUAUCACUGGAUGAUAUAAGCUUUAUAGUAGAAAUGUGGUAAAAAUGGGUUUAUAGCUUCUAAGAUUUUUUUUUCUACUUUUGCCCUGCUUUUUCUAUUUCUGAUAGAGUAACCAUACAUUAACUAAGAGAAGCAUUGGUUCUCUCUAAUGCUAAUAACUGGCUUUAGUUGGUGCAUGUUAUGAAGUGGCUAAGCACAUGCUUUUGGGGUGCUCACUCUCUUACUCUGUAUAUUGGCAAUUUGUUUUAAUCGAAUGAAACAGUCAUUCUCUUGGUUCCAGAGGAACUAAUGCUUAUA